AUGAAUUUAUUAACAUGUGUUCUUAUGAUUACCAUAACCUUGUCACUCAUCCUAGCUAUUGUCUCAUUUUGACUGCCUCAAAUAAGCCCAGACCCAGAAAAACUUUCACCUUAUGAAUGCGGAUUUGACCCCCUAGGAUCAGCCCGAUUACCAUUCUCAUUACGAUUCUUCCUUAUCGCCAUUCUAUUCCUUCUUUUUGAUUUAGAAAUCGCCCUUCUCUUACCAAUUCCUUGAGGAAUUCAAUUAGAAUCCCCUCUAACCACUUUUUCUUGAGCCUCCGCCGUCCUUAUCCUUCUCACUUUGGGCCUAAUCUAUGAAUGACUCCAAGGGGGUUUAGAGUGAGCAGAGU